UUUGCAUAUAUACACACAAUUAGACACUACAAUGGGGGGAGAUCUGGAACGAAAGAGGGGACUGGGGAGGUUCUCGUUCAUCCGAAUCCGGUUCCGUCGAGUUCGUAGUUGUAGUUCGCCGUCAAGUUGGCGUGGUCGUUGGGCAAAAUUUCCGGUCGAAAUCUAAUCUUGCGCUCGAUAUUUGCUGUUGUAACCAAUUUGCAGUGAAGCUAUAAAGGGCAAGUAGCGACGUCGUAUGACAGGGAACAAUAUCGUCCGCCAGAUUAAAAUCAGAAACGAAUCUAGACCGUGUACUCAUAAGGCUGCGACUCCUGAGGUAUAAGAAGGUUUGACAGCAAAAAAGAAAUUGCAGGAAUAUUUGUAUUGGGCAUUGGAGCAAAGUAACAAGUGAGAAGAGAAGAAGAGAGAAUGUCGGGAUCAGGAGUCACUCAACAAGAAGAGGACAAAAAGCCAGCCGAUCAGGCCGCUCAUAUCAACCUCAAAGUCAAGGGCCAGGACGGAAAUGAGGUGUUUUUCAGGAUCAAGAGAAGCACACAACUGAAGAAGCUCAUGAAUGCUUACUGUGAUAGGCAGUCUGUGGAUUUCAACUCUAUUGCAUUCUUGUUUGAUGGUCGUCGCCUCAGGAGCGAGCAAACUCCCGAUGAGCUCGAGAUGGAGGAUGGGGAUGAAAUUGAUGCUAUGCUGCAUCAGACUGGUGGAUCCUUGGGUUAGUUUUAUAUCAGAGGGUUUUGGGGCAGCUUAAAGUAUCUUCAGUAUAUAAUUGGCCGAACUAUUAUGAAUGUAGUUUAGCUUGUACUCUGGUGGGCUAGUAAUGAGCUGCUUAUGGCUGGUCACUAUUUUUGGAUCUUGUUAGUUAUUGCCUUUUAUUAACUCUCGGGUUUUGAUAUGAUCAGUUUUUGGGCCCUUUGAUUUCUAUUA